UUUCUUUUAACUUUUGUCCCUUUAGGGGCUCUGUAUAAAUCAAAUGACUUAAAAUAUGGCAAAUAAAACAUUCUAUGUUAUGCUCUGCUUUUUUCCCUCCUGCAAUACUAAAUCUGUUAAAGAAGAAAUAAAGAAAAUCCAGAAUAAGAAUGAACAAAUGUCUUUCACUUUUGUUCAGAUCCUGCUUUUGAUGUGUUGGUGAGCGCAGUGCAGAGCUGACACAGUGAGGCAAAGAAGUUAUUUUUAUUUUGGUCAAAUCUGCCUGUUUGUUCCACUGAAUGACCAACACUGAAAUGAACGUCAUCUGUCGGGUUUGAAAGAGCCUGUUGGGCAGAUAUAGAUGGUUCUGGUGGUCCAAAAGUCUGAUCAUGUCAGGAAAGCUCAAAUUUGCUUGCUUUAAUGAGGACAAAAAGACUAAGUUACAUUUUAUUCCAAAGGCUCAUUGUGCUGAAAUCAAAGCUGGUGACGCAUGAGGAUCUUAAUGAACUUCGUGCGUGGACUGUGCGCGACACGCUGCCACGCGACUGCCAUGCAAAGUUCUCGCAGCGCCCCGUGAAGAGUCAGGCUGACCGGGAGCAUCCUCAUCACUCGAUCAGGUGGCUCCAACUUCUUCUUUGCAGUCUGCAGUGAUGGCUGAGCGCAUGGAUGUGCGUGAAGACUGAGCAUCUUCAUCAUCUGCACGUGUGCGGAGGACGUCCUUUUCUCCAGACCCUCACCCUUCCUCAUGCACCAUCACUUCUGUCGUUCCGGAAAAGAAAACGAUAAUAAUGAGCUCUUCCAUUCCUAAAAGUGAGUCCACCACUUCCCUGCUGAGAACCAACCGCAGGUCUGCGCACUCGGAUCCUCCUCACCAGAGCCACCGCGCUCACCAUCCUCCCGCCGGAGCUGGAGGCAGAGACGAUCCAUCCUGGACGGAUCAGUGCGAGACCAGUGCGCGGAGACCCCUGUGCCAGCCCAGAUACGGGGACUCCCGAAAUUCAAGCGAUCAACAGCGGGCGCAGAGAAGUCUCUCCCAGCGGCAGAGUCACCUGGACGACGGCUACACGCAGGAGGACGUCAGGCACAGAACGAACCGGCAGCAGACAGAGCGCAGCAAAUCCUCCAGAUCCAGACAUUCCCAUCAUCAUGACUCUUCCAGAGGUGAGCAGCCUCCUCUCCAGAGUGGCUCCAGGCCGGACAGGAGAAUCUCCCCGACUCCAUCCUACCCCAAACACCCGGAGGAUGCGGCUUUCUUCUUCGAGGCCAGUGACAGAGUCAUCACCGGGUCAUUGUCCAGCCUCAGCUCGGACCCAGCUGCGGAAACAUCUGUGCAGCCCGCACUCAGACGCACAUCCAAACGACUCAGCACAGCUUCGGAGAACGACUCCAGCCUCCAUCCCAUCGUGAAGUCAGUGUUUGGCCAGGACAAGAAGAAGAACUACAAAGCAGUGCAUUCCUGUGAUGAGGGGGGAUCUGGGGGGGCCUAUCUUGAGCCACUAGUAGCCCUGGCCCAGAGCGGAGCCAACAUGCACAACGUAUUGGGGCCUGCAUGCAUCUUUCUACGCAAGGGCUUCGCUGAGAGCCGGCAGGCUGAUCGAGAGCUGAGGCCAGAGGAACUGGAUGAGUUGCGUGAGGCUUUCAAGGAGUUCGACAAAGACAAAGAUGGGUUCAUUGGCUGCAAAGACCUGGGGAACUGCAUGAGGACAAUGGGAUACAUGCCAACAGAGAUGGAGCUGAUAGAGUUGAGCCAGCAGAUUAACAUGAACUUAGGAGGACAUGUUGACUUUGAGGACUUUGUCGAACUCAUGGGACCCAAACUUUUGGCCGAAACAGCCGACAUGAUUGGUGUAAAGGAACUGAGAGAUGCUUUUAAGGAGUUUGACACUAAUGGAGACGGCCAGAUCAGCACAGCAGAGCUUCGCGAGGCGAUGAAAAAACUUCUGGGACAGCAGGUUGGACACAGGGAUCUGGAGGACAUUCUGCGAGACAUCGACCUAAAUGGAGAUGGACACGUGGACUUUGAAGAAUUUGUGCGGAUGAUGUCUCGGUGAGUUUCCGUCUGAGACAGAAAACUCUUCAACACAUUCCGGAGUCUUGUGAGGAGUUCAAGAGGCUCACAUUCCUGAUGGAUAUAUUUUUUUUAACUGUCAAUGAAUAUGCUGACAUAUCACUUUUGUCCUGAAACUGCCAAACUGAAGCACACUGACUGACUGCUGCAGUCAAGAGAAUCACUGUAAACAACACGCUGCUGCUGAUAUUUACAGAAAAUAAUGACUACUAUUGCAAUUUUUGCAUUUUAACAGUGUAUUUGAAAUUAUUAAAGAUAAGCUAGUUUUUUUUUUGUUUUUUUUUAAACCCUCGGAUAAAGGGUGGUAUGACACCCAUAGCUGCUGUCAGUAUUGUUGACUGUUGCAACUAGGAUCAUGUCAGUUAAAUAUGCCAGCAAAAAGCAUACAUUAAAGUUUGAUCCUGUUUGUUUUCUAAAACGUUACAGAAAGCACAAAUAUAAAUUGCAAUAUGGAAUUAUUUCAUGUUAUUCGGUUUGUGUUUGUGCAUAGCGUGUCUUUUCUCGUACUGUCAUUACAUAAAGUCACAGAGAGAGACUUGAGGUCAGCAUCUCUUUGGUGUAAAGUAGCACCUUUCUGUUCUCUAAACAAAAACCAGUGAGUAAAUCUUAGUGUCACAUGUGUACGUUCUGUUGUUCUCCCACUGGACAUUUUUCAUCUUUGCUAUUGUCAUCAGCUUUAAAUUAAUUAUAUAUUUCAUUUUUGAGUUUGAAACUCUACAGGACAAUGGAACACACUGAAUUUCUUGAUCAAUGGAGUUAUUGAUAAAUCAAUCAUAUCAUUCAUUUAUAUAAAACAUGUUUAAGAAAUUUGGUGGGUCACUUGUCUGAGAAUUUUUUUCAUGUGCGUGAAACUGAAAUUUUUAGCUUUAAUACCUCAGAAUGAACUGGUCAACUAGUGUCAUCCCUCUCUUCCCAAUGCUCUGACCUCUAUUUCCUGUUCACCAUUUAUGUGUAAGGAAGCGCUACAGUGCUCCUUUAAGACAAACAAAAAAGCCAAAGACAGUUUUCAAGAACUCCAUAUGGAUCUAAAUCUGUUAGUGUGGGUCACUGAGGCAUAUCCCUAAUAGACUGUUGGUGGGGAGAAACAGAGGUAUAUGCAUGCUCUGACGUCGAGAUCUUUCUCCAAAAGGGAAGUCUUACUUUACGAUUUUUAUGUGUCUUAACUAUGUGAAACUAUGCAUGCCAGAAGAAAACUGCAAUUUGUAGCAGAUUGUAUUCAAAUAAAAAGUUUUAUUUUAACUUGA